AUGAUUACUUAUUCCGUCUCUCUCGCCAUCAUUUCUGCUCUGGCCGCGCUUGCGCAAUCUGCCAGUGCUACGGCCGGCCCUCAGCCCGAGCUUACCCGCCGCCAGUUCUACGGUGCCUGGGGCUGGUAUCCCGGCUAUACAGCCGCCUUUGGAAUCCCGGGAGUAACCUCUGCACUGGCAUUUCCAGCUGUGAACAGUGCUGUGGUUUCCUCGGCCACAUCUGCUUCGACCGUUCCAUUUGUCGAUCCGGUUGCAGCUGCAUCGGUUGCAGCUCCCGUUGUUCCGUUUCUGGCCAAGCGCCAGUGGCGAUAUGGCGGCUAUGGCGGCUAUGGCGGCUAUGGCGGGUACAGUGGGUACGACGGAUGGGGCUGGGGGUUCCCACUUGUGAGUUCGUUCAGCAACGUGUUUGACCGUGCCUCUAACCGCGCCAACUUCAACGAAAACACCUUAUAUAGCAACAACAUUAACGCCAACCAGGCAAACGAUGCUGUUCACUCCAACAUCAGCAGCUUUGUUUCGGGAUAA